CCAAUGAUCCUGCAUGUAUUUGCACUGGGAUUUGUUUUCCUCCUGCUUAUAAGUAUCCUUGGCAACGGUUGUGUUAUCUACAUUUUCCUAAAGCGGAAAGAAAUGAGGUCUACCUCCAACAUGUUUAUCGUCAACCUGGCCAUCUCGGAUCUCAUCAUGAUGCUGACUCAUGGGUUGCCUGUUGGAAUAAACAUUUUCUACCAACGCUACUGGAUGUGGGGUGUACUUAAUUGCAAACUUUUUGCAAUGUUGGGAGGAGUUUGCGGAACAGUAUCGAUAUUCACAAUGAUCAUGAUCGGCUACGAUCGAUACAACGUCAUUGUUAAAGGAUUAUCUGCAAAAAAGAUCACCAAAAUGAAGGCUUUCUUGAUGAUAUCCACGGUCUGGAUCUACGCUAUAUUGUCUACUAGUGGACCCUUUCUAGGCUGGGGAGCAUACUCCCUUGAAGGAUUCCUUAUCACCUGCAGCUAUGAUUAUAUAAAGGAGGAUUGGAACGCCAAGAGUUUUGUUCUAUACACGCUGAUUACUCACUUCUUUCUGCCUCUUAUUGGUGUUGUAUUCUACUAUUCACAGAUUGCCAAAGCUGUCAUCUCCCAUGAAAGAGCAAUGAAGGAACAGGCAAAAAAGAUGAAUGUUGAAUCUCUACGACAAAAGUCUGACAGCUCUGAAAAUAUGGAGGUUAAGAUUGCGAAGGUUUCAAUCACCAAUGUUCUCCUAUGGAUAGCCACGUGGUCUCCCUAUGCUAUAGUUGUAAUGAUCGGAUUAUCUGGCAGUUAUGAUACUCUUACACCAAUAUUUGCUGGACUUCCAUCUCUACUACUGAAAACAAACAGCUCUUUGAAUCCAGUUGUGUUUGCCGUUGCGCAUCCUAAGUACCGAGAGGCAAUUGCCAAGGAGUUUCCAUGUCUGGGAAUUGGUAAAGUCCCUCCUCCAGCCCGAGCUGGUGAUCCUGGAACUGUGGUUACUGCCACAUCAACAUAGAUGCUUUGGCUACCACAUCAACCAGAGAAGAAGAAAAAUAAAGAAGAAUUAUAAUCUAUGGAUAGUAUUUAGCUUUAGUAUUGAUUACAUUACAGAAUAUUAGAUUGGGACCUAUAUUAUCAAUAAAUGUAGAACAACUGUUGAAUAAACCAUAAGGCAUCUGAAA